AUGAUCACAGACAAUGACCUUCACCGACUCGCCGUCUUCCUCGGCUCCUGCGCAAUGAUGUUGAUUGUUCUCUACCACUUCCUGGAAGUCAAUGCUCAAGAGGAUGAUGAUGACGCCGCUACUGCGACCAAGAACCCGAAAAGCACCUCGAUAGACUCGGCUUCUCGCACAUCAGCUACGGCGACCGCAGGCGGCCCGUCAGCGACUGGAGGGGGUAAGGACCGAUAA